AUGGCCUUUCUAGCUGCUUGUGGGCCCGAUCACCCGACGACCUCCCAGACAGAACGCGAUCGCAUCCGAGAAUUGUCCAAGUAUCUGAUCUCGCGGGGACUUUUGUCCUCACGACUGGUGCUGACCGAGGCUUGCCGACAUAGAUACUACUGCGCCUUUACCCAUCCCAAUGACGAUGGCGUAUCGGAUGGUCGGGCUGCGCCCUCGAGAAACGAGCAGCCUGGAGCAGCCUAUCUAUCGCCAGAUAUCUCACUCAAUGCCUUAGCGCAACUGGGGGUUCUUCGCUUCGGAUGCAAUCGAUCUUUCAUUUCUAUUAUUGACGGCGAGAACCAACACAUCAUUGCUGAAACGACUUCAUCCAUCUCUCUCCGACACGGGGAUCAACAUAUGCCUGACGAUGGCUUAUACCUGGGCUAUCGGACAUUGAAUCUCUCCUGGGGGUGGUGUCCCCACACUAUCAAACUGUUCACCGCGCAGGAUGCAUCGCUCGAGAUUGACACGGCAAAUGUCACCGCCAACCGCUCCCGAUACAUCAUUCGCAACUUCGCAGACGAGAUGGCCUUUAAGGAUCGACCGUACGUGGUGGAUUGGCCCCACAUGCGAUUCUACGCGGAGGUGCCUCUGUUCAGUGCCUCGGGUCAUGUCUUGGGCUCCUAUUGCAUCGUGGAUGACAAGCCGCGGUCAAUUUUCGGGGAUCACGAGGUUGCCCUGUUACAGGAAGUGGCAGAUGCGGUGGCAGAAUACCUAGAGAAAGCCCGCAUUGUUCAUUUCCAUCGACGGGCAGAGAAACUGGUGAAAGGCGUGACUGAUCUGGUCACCAUCCACCCAGACCCUGAAGCGGUGCUCAAACGAUCAAAUCCCUUCGCGGAUCUUGACUUACAGUCAGACCCGGAUACUGAAAGUGAAGACGUUGCGAGAUCCUCAACACAGACGGUAGAUCAGGGUUCAUCGCAGAUCGCCUCGGAGUUAUCAUCGUUCUCGUUCGGCAGAGAUAGACCUCGCUCCACCGCACCCACGUCGGUUUAUUCACACCUUGGAGGAUCAUCUGCCGGCUUGACUCCAUUAUUUGAAAAGCCGCAGAAUGAGUUUUGGAACCCGGAGGAGAUCUCUUCCCCCAAUGGCAACAAUGUCAAAACGGAAGCACCCAAAGCAGAUCCUAGCUACAUCAUUUCCCGGUCCAUCGCAUCUAUUUUUUCUCGUGCCAGUGUGAUCCUGAGAGAUUCCAUGGACCUCGACGGGGUGCUCUUCGCGGACGCGUAUCAAAGCAACUCUGGAAUCCAAUCCCCGGGGCACCCGGGUGUCUGGGAACCUUCACCGAAAUCAUUACACUCUGGUUUGAGUAACAGCUUGGCGUCGAUCCAAUUCGGUCUCAAGCGCGAUGGAAUGCCAUCCCAAGAGUCCAAAGCAUCCUGUGAGAUCCUCGGACAAGCCUUUAGGAGCUCAUCGAAAGCGAGCUGCAAUGAUAAGGAUGAGAUCGGUUUGACGGAAGAACUAUUGGAGAGGAUGAUCACGGCUUUCCCUCAAGGCCAAGUAUUCAAUUUCAAUGAUCGGAUUGACGACAGCCAUUAUCUUUCGUACCAGAGUGGAGGUGAUGAAAUCGCCACCGAACUGAAGAAUCUUUCUCAAAUCACGAAUGAGUUAGCCAAACACCUUCCCGGUGCAGAUUCGGCCCUGUUCUUUCCGCUGUGGGAUUGGAACAAAUCUCGUUGGCUCGCCGGAACUCUUCUUUGGACAGGAAAUAUGCAUCGUGCCCUAGGCAUGGAAGAGCUUGGCUUCUUCCGAGCCUUCAGCAACUCAAUUGUCUCAGAAGUUGCAAGGGUCAACUGGGAUAGUAUGGAGAAAUCCAAAUCAGAUUUCAUAUCUUCCAUUAGCCAUGAAUUUCGUUCUCCGCUGCAUGGCAUACUUGGAAAUACCGAGCUGUUGCGGGCCACUACUCUUGAGUUGGCUCAGGGUGACAUGGUCAAAAUGAUUGAAUCAUGUGGCUUGACGCUGUUGGAUGUUGUGAAUCAUCUACUGGACUUUACCAAAAUUAACAGGUUGACAACAAAAAUUCCUCACAGCAGUGAAAACACCGAAGACGACAUAAAAAACUUGAUCACUGGAUUUGAGCUGGACGCUUUGAUAGAGGAAGUGACGGAGAUCCUGUGCAUCUCACAGACGUCAGAGGGAAAAGAUUCUCAGUCUGAAGCUAGAGGCUGGCUAAGCUCUCCGGCGUAUCCCACGAGCCGUAGGUAUACGGACCAAGUCUCCGUUGUCGUCCGAAUUGACGGACACAACGGAUGGAAAGUGCGCUCCGUGGCUGGUGCAUGGAGAAGAAUUGUGAUGAGUCUCCUCGGCAAUUCCAUGAAAUGGACUCACCAAGGUCUCAUUGAAGUUUCCCUAUCCAGUGUCAGUACAGGGAAUGGUUCGGAGCCUGUACUUGCCCAUCUGUCGGUGACUGAUACGGGUAGUGGAAUCUCCUCUGAAUACCUACGCCACUCAGUCUUCUCUCCAUUUUCCCAGGAAGACUCCCUUUCGGAGGGUGUGGGACUCGGGCUCAGCCUUGUGCGGAAGCUUGUUACACUCCUUGGGGGUCAUAUCGACAUCAAGAGUGAGAUGGGUGUUGGCACCCAGGUCGAUGUCUAUAUUCCCGUGCAUUGCUAUGAUGUGGAUAGUCAUGGACCGGUAGAUUUUUACGGCGAAAUUCCAGACACGAUUCCAGCCACCCGAGCUUGCCUAAUUGGCUUCAAUGAUUGCCCAGAUCUGAAUGAGAUGCCUACGGGGAUCUUGAAUACAGAAAGCAAACGCAAACUGUCAAUUCAGAGCUCUCUCAGCAAUGUCUUUUUGGCACAACCCAACUGGAGUGUUUCCUUUGCAGAGUCUUUGGCAAAUGCGCAUGGCGAUGUUUUUGUCAUUGAGGACGCAAAAUUGCAGCAAUUCGUGAAUGAUAAUCCCGAGUAUUUGGCACGAUCCACGACCAAGUCCUUCAUUGUGCUGGGUCCCAACAAGCCAAUCGCGAAGGACCAGUCGAAGCACAGCUUUGUAUAUGUCUCUCAGCCAUACGGCCCACAAAAAGUGGUCAAAGCGAUGAAUUCCACUUUGAUUAAUAACAGAGUGUCAGUCGAACCUUCCAAGCCCGAGAGUCACUCGACAGACGCCUUUCAUGCGAAAUACAAUGAAGAUGCCCUCACUGGAGAUAUACCAUCAUUACAAAAUGGAGACUCCCUCAUACCACAGCUGCCUGCCAAACUAGAGCAGAUGCAUGUUCUAAUUGUGGAUGAUAAUAAAAUAAACGUGAAGAUCCUAGCGACGUUCAUGCACAAACUAGGUUGCACCUAUGAAACGGCUUUUAAUGGAUUGAAUGCAUUGAACAAAUUCAAGGAGUCCAAGAAACCCUUCUCAUAUGUUCUCAUGGACCUCUCUAUGCCUGUCAUGGAUGGCCUCGUUUCCACGAGCAAGAUUCGAGAAUUUGAAAAGAAAAAUCAUCUACCUGCGUCUUGCAUUAUGGCGGUCACGGGAGUCGCUUCUGCCGAAAUACAACAGCAGGCGCGGAUGGCAGGGUUGGAUGAGUACCUCGUCAAACCAGUCUCCCUGGAGACUUUGAAACGAAUAAUGAUAUCGCAAUGA